UCAGUCCAGCUCCCGCCGUCGCCACCGCCUCCAGCCCGCCGCCGCCGCCGCCGCCAGCAGCCCUAAGCCCCGUCAUGUAUGAAGGGCAGACUACGGAGGAGGUGAGGAUCGCGCCGUCGCGGGUGCCUCGCCUCGUCGCCCUAACCACCAACGGCCUGGGCUCCACCGUAUGGCGCCUCCCCCUGGCCACCACCGUCAAUGACUUGCCCCUGACUGAGGGCGCCCUGCUGUACGGCGGCCUGGGAGCCGCCACGGCCAUAACACUCUUCACUUUCGCUCACGCCGCCAUCUUCGCCGGCAGCAAAACCCGCAGGAAGCGAGACGCGUCCUCGCUGGCAGAGGCGGCCCGAGAUGACCCCGGCCUCGCCGUCCGCCUGGAGGGGAUGUACGCCAACGGGGGCGAGUGGUGCAGCCUGAGGCUCAGGUGCGAACUUGCGGCCCGGGCGGAGGCUGACCUCGACCCGCAGGAGAAAACACUGCUUUCCUUCUUCAGGGGAGAAGCGUUGGCCGAUGACCUGCUGGUGCCCGUACCCCCCAGGGGCUGGCCCGCCCAGUGCCGUCACCAGGCUCGGCGCUGCCCGUACUCAGCCCGCACCAUGAUGGAGACGUUCCGCGCCGCCCACGCCGGGCUGGAGCGAGAUGCAGCCACCCGCCUCAGGCCCAGCUGCUGACCCGCCGCCUAGACACCACCUGAUGCUCGUGUUCUGCCCACAUUGCAUUUUUAUUAUUUUAAACAUAAUUUUUAACUUUAAAAUAAGUGCCUCAUGAGUAACGUACUGCUAGUGCUGCCGCUAUCACGAUAUUCCUGCUGCUGCUACUGAUGAUGGUGAUGCUAGCACCACUACUACUACUACUACUACUACUACUACUACUACUACAACUAUUAUUACUA